ACCGAUAAUGAAACGUUACUGUUACUUUAUUCAGUAAUUUUCUGUCAGCUGGAAAUCGAUCAGGAGCCAAAUUCAGUUUUUCUCUUGAUUCUGAUUGUUAAAUUGAUUCACAGCGAGGAAUCAUUUGUGUUCUAGUGUUCACAUUGUGUUGAUGUGGUGUGUUUUCUGUGUGCUUUCUGUGUCAUUGGACCAGCAGGUGGCAGACUGACUCUAUAUUAAUACUAAAGGUGAAUUUGAUGGCUGAUAAACGACAGAGAGUUCAGGGCUCUUGGGCCAAAGCAACAUGUUCAUCAGCACAUGUCAAGAAAAAGUCUGGGUCAUGGAAGGCUGGACCAGUAACAUAUGAGUUCAAUCAACCAGCUGAGCCAAUCAGAGUGAUCCCUGUGGAGAAGGUGAUCGAAGAUGGUGGUGUUUAUGUGAUCAGCGAGGGUCCCACCGGAGAAUCCAGACUGCGGCUUUUUCCUGGGUUUUUGCCACUGGAGCAGGCUGACUGGAUGUUCUCUAAACUUCUGGCUGAGCUUCCAUGGUCACUGAAGACCAAUUAUGGCAUGAUGGGUGAAGCCUACGAAGAGCCGAGGCUGACCUGCUGGUUUGGUGAACUUCCUUACACAUAUUCUCGCUCCAUGAUGCAAGCCAACCCUCAGUGGCACCCCAUCCUCCUGAACCUGCGUCAGACUAUAGAGCAGGAGACCUCACAUACCUUUAACUCGGUGCUGUGUAACCUGUACCGUGAUGGGAAGGACAGUAUUGCUUGGCACAGUGAUGACGAGCUGUCAUUAGGCCCUCAGCCCAUCAUAGCCUCUCUCAGUCUCGGGGACAUGAGAGUCUUUAGCCUCCGGAAGAAGCUUCCUCCAGGAGAAAACAGAGACUACACAUAUGCAGAGAAGGUGAAGAUACCACUGAGCCAUGGAACACUCUUAAUAAUGGAGGGAUGUACUCAAGAUGAUUGGCAGCAUCAGGUGGCGAAAGAGUACCAUGACCGUGGCCCUAGGGUAAACUUGACCUUCCGUACAAUCUUCCCUGAACCAGUACACGCUUCCAAGAGAUGAGGGAUAAUAAUAAUGGAGAAGAGAGAGAAGAAGAAGAGCUUCAAGAUGUAGAAAAUAUCUGAGGUGGAAGGGAUGUGAAUAAUGUAUUACAUUAACAUACAAAAUGAUUUUUUUGUCUCAAAACAAAUGGAAGUGGAAUUCAAAGUUUCAUUCUCAUUAACAAGCUUUAUUUAAUAGCAGAUUUAAAUACACAUUUUUGUUAGUUUUACUCAAAUUGUUGAAAAUCUUCUGUGUUUGUUUUCUGUUGUGUUGUGUUGUGUUGAACGUUUACUUGAAUAAAAUGUGGUAUAUAACAUCA